AUGAAUCGUCAGAUUUCUUACAACGGACCCCUAGUGACAUCUUCGUUUCCUGCCCGAGAGUCACAUAUUUGCACUGUCCCCUUUCCUCGGACUUUCCCACCUUGCAAUUCCAUAUCUUCACUUCCAUCUGGCCCCUUGAAUCAUCCCCUGCCCCCAAAACCUCCCACUGCCAAGUACUUUUUCCAUGCAUACACUCCACCUGACCGUGAUCUUGUAACCACGCCCGACAGCACCGCAUCUCAACGCAACGAUCGCGGCGAAUGCGUUCCCGUCAACAACGAGCCCGAGUUUCCUUCAAACUAUCAAAUUGGGGUGCUGGGCAGUCCCAUGGCAGAGAACAUUAUCUCACUGCCAAGCGAAGGUACGAUCCAAGAACUUGGAAGUGACGGCGAAAUGACGAGCAGCUUCAGCGGUGAUAUUGCCGAUCCGCCCCGCCCAGAUGCCUUCUUGCUUGCGCAGAAUCACGAUCCAUGCGGGCGUAAGUUGUCAGUGUCGCCGCAGUGCGCCGACGUUGGGAUAUGUCAUGCCGACGCCAACCCAGCGUCUGAAGCUCCUGAGGCACCCCCUCGCACCUGCGAAUGUUCUGGCGGUGAUAGCAUAAGCGACAAUGAUGGUAACGGUCUCCUGAGGCGUUGUAUGCUUUAUGAAGGCGAGGAAGGCUUGCUGGAUAUACCCCGAUCGAAGGCCCAGCCCUCAUUUGGGCAGGUGGCCGAAACAUCCCCUCGACAGCCCAGCAGUCAAGUGGCUGAGCAUGCUACCUUGAGUAGCAUGUGCAUCGAGGUCGAGAGCGCCCGAUCAAAACCCACCAACCGAAAGAGGCCAGCAGUCGCUGCUUUGGAGACGGAUGGGAAAGCAAGUGGUCCUCGAACAAGGGCGAGGGCAAGAGCUGAAGCAUCUGAAGCAUCCAGUUCAUUGCCCACUCCCCGUAGUGCUCGACCUUAUUCAGCGGCUGAAGAUGGGGCCCUACAGAAAUUGGUGGCUAGCGGGCUCGCUUGGGACGAAAUCGAGAAGGAAUUCUGUCUGCGCUUUGCUAAGAGGACUUUGCGGUCACUGCAGAUGCGUUGGUCGAGAACGCAGAAGCUUACAGCUCCGUGGACUAGAUGCUCGAAGCGCAAGAAGUCUUCCCGGCCGUAA